GGUUUCGACUGCAUUUCUCACAUGCACAAUCUCAGUCGUUUUCUUUUCCAUCUUAAUUGUUGCAAGAUCAGAUAAAGUAUGGCUUCUGGAGAUGUUCAGAAGGACAAGAAGUUCCAUUUCAGGGAACUGGAUAAGAACAGUGCAUCUCUGAAGAACAAUGAGGUGCAAGAUUCGCUGAUGAAAUGGGGAAUGAAAGGUCGGAUGUUUGUGCAGUUUUUCAGCUAUGACCAACUCUUUCAGGCUUACCAAAAGGAUGACUUUAUUUUGGAUUUUUUCCAAGACCCUGUUGUCAAGGCAACCUUAGGCAUCUUAUCAGAAAGUGGGUCAUGGGGUCCUCCAGGAUUCACUGCUGAAAAAGUUGAGGCUCUUCAGGUGCCUUGUUCCGUGACCUCCAUGACCUUCUUUGAUCGUCUAGAGAAGGAGGAGCUUGUUAGAGAAGGGGGACGCAUCGUCAAGUGCUUCGAUGAAUUCUAUGAGGAAUUCACAAUAUCUGAUGAAGUUCGGAAGAUGAUUCUUCUUGAAGAUUCUGAUAAUUACGAGGUCUACUCCGAGGCCGAGAGGGAGCAGUUUCUCUUCCAUCUUUUCGAGCAUCUGUGUCUCGGCGGCUCAUUAUGUCAGUAUGAAGAUAGCAUCACACCGUACUUGGAUACCACUAAACUGCUCUACAAAGAUCUUGUCAGUGUCCAGAAAGAUGCCUCAACUAAAGAGCUGAGAGUUACAUCUCAUGUAUUCAAGGUCAAGGCGUGGGAUAAAGACAGUUACCAGUUUUAUCCUUGUGACCAAGACCAUCGUCAGACCUUUGCAUACUUUAUCGUGGAUCCUCUAAAAAGACACGUCAGUAUUCUGUACCAUCGGUUUGGGAGUGGCAUCUUUACAUAACACUCAACCUACGUUCGAUCACCAAACUUUUGAAAGUAUGAACUGUGUAUUUGGUCAUGAAUCGUCUAUAGAGGGACGUCAGUAUGCUCAAUCAUCGGUUCGGAAGUUGUGUCUUACGUUACACUC